CCAGCACGAAUCUUACUAAAAAGCUGUCAUGUUUUCCUUGGGUUCAAAGGAUAGUGCCGAUAUUCUCGAAAUAGUGCGUCCUUUCGAUCGGGAAACUGCCUUUGUUUAUUUUGUUAUUUUCUUUUUUCACUUACAUUACUGUAUCAAAACGGAACACAACUUGUUCAAAAGAAAUCAACAAUGCUCUCGAUUCGAAUUCCAGCUCUUCUCCUCUUUCUCGCAAUGGCUGUCCAAGCGACCAAUGUUGUCUUAAAGGAGUAAGUCAAAUGUGAAAUUCUUACGAUAGCGUUGUCCCUUCGAGCCGUUCUGGUUGCAUUAUAGGACCUGUUUGCGUCGUGUGGAUAUUGAGGUAUGACUGCUGCUGAUCGUUCAUCACCGGGUAUAAUUGGUUUUGACGGUAUGCGGUCGAUCCGUUGGCAUGGUUGGGCUCGCCAGUGGGCGUUUGUCUGAACAUACUUGGCCUCUCGAGUAGAAGAGGCGUAUUCGUGCCUGGAUAUCGUUCAAAAACAUUUUGCUAACUGAUCUUAACGAACGCGUCAAAAAUCAAUUUUGAUUUCUAGAAACGAAAGAAUCCCUGGAAAAGGAAGAUACAUUUACUCGUAUGAUGACGAUGUUGCCAACAAGUGCGGAGUAGUUGUCAUGAUUGGCGUCGGAACAGCCAUGCCAGCUUCGGCCUACAGAAUUCUUUCCAAGAAGACUUCCGCAGGUGCAUCUAUCGUUACCGUCUUCUUCGACCACAAUUCUGGGAGUUUAGACAAAACCGAUGACAAGAAAUACGCUGACUUCUACAAUGCUUUCACUGAAAACCUCUCCGAAUACGUUCCGGUUUGCGAGGGAAAAUCACCAAAAAUUAUCGCAGGAGGUCACAGUGCCGGAGGUCGUGCAGGACUCCAAGCAAUGAUGCAUCGGGGCAUCGAACCGGAUGGUUUCAUCGGGCUUGACCCUUACCAGGCCUCUAAGGAUAGAAUUCGGGGUAUCGGGGCGAAGGCAGCCCCAGCGACUGAAAUCGCUUCAGACCUUCCCGUCUUAUCGUGGGGCUUUGAAAGGAGGACAUGUGCUGUCGAUCCAAAGAUUGCUGGCAAAUCUCAGUACAAUCUUUCUGGAGAAAACAAUCGGGUAUUCUUCCGAGCCAACAAUGGUAGCGCUCGUGGAGUUGGACACUGUGAUUUCACAGAUUCUGGAUGUGGUCCUCUCCCCUUCUGUCCCAACCCACAAAACGACGAUGUCAAGGACGUUGUGGCCGAGUCUAUUAAAGUUUUUGCUGCUGGUGUAGUGGCGGGAAGCAUCAGUAAGAGCAACUUUGGAUUUGAUACUACGAAUCCAAGUGUACCUAUCGACGUCUUCGUGAAUUCCGAGGACGUAUUCGCACCUUCGGAAGCAGAGCUGUAAGCUACACUACAGUACAUCUCAUGAGCAACCAAGAAAAAAAAAACAUCUCUCUAAAUUACUACUACUACUAGUAAGUCCUUCUACUUAAUUAUUUUGUGUACCAUAUCUACGUAUUGGUUGCGGCCGCCGCCUUUGUUUUUUUUUUUAAGGACGGUGGCGGCCAAAAAAACUUACUACGGUGCAAAAACUAGGUUAUUGCUAGUAGAAUGACUUGUUGUCACAAUAAUGACUGAAUGUUUUAGUUAAAAAUGAAUAAUUUAUUUUGGUAAAG